AUGUCUGACCGAGUCCUCUCCGGCGAGGAUGGACGGGGACGACCACUGGGGCCCCGGCAGGCCGGCGGGGUUCUCGGCGGAUGUGGCGUUGCCGUGGCGACGGCGUCGUCGGCCGGAGCCGCAUCGGAGGCGGGAGGCGAUCAGGUAGAGCAUCUCCGCCACGGUCAGCGCCAGGGACACGCAGGCCACCACCAGCAUGAAGAUGAUGAAGACGGUCUUCUCGGUGGGCCGGGACAUGUAGCACUCCACGGUGAAGGGGCAGGGCUUCCGCGAGCAGGGGAACAUGGGCACCAUCACGAAGCCGUACAGGUAGUACUGGCCCACGAUGAAGGCCGCCUCGAUCAGGAUCUUCACCACCAACUGGGCCAGGUAGCUGCCCAGGAGGUCCCCCUUGAUCUUCACCUUCCCCUUGUCGUCCGUGUACUUGGGCAGCUUGUUCUUCCGGGGUCCCCCGGGGCUCGCCAAUUGUUCUCUGAGCUUGUUCUCCUUGUGGAUGACGUGCAUGGCGUGGGCCAGGUAGACCAGCGUCGGCGUGGAGACGAAGAUGAUCUGCAGCACCCAGAAGCGGAUGUGCGAGAUGGGGAAGGCGUGGUCGUAGCAGACGUUCUCGCAACCGGGCUGCUGGGUGUUGCACACGAAGUCCGACUGCUCGUCCCCCCACACGUUCUCCGCGCCGGCGCCCAGGACCAUGAUCCGGAACAGGAGCAGGACGCUCAUCCAGAUCUUCCCGAUCACCGUGGAGUGGGACUGGACUUUUUCCAGCAGGGUCGACAGAAAGCCCCAGGGUCUGCAGCAGGCGCCCGACGAGAUGUUGACCACGGCCCCCCUGCUGCGCUCCACCAUGCCCGGCAACACCAGUCGGGUCAUCAGCGUAGCAACGGCUAUGUUCUUAUUCACCUGGUCCAGCAGGCCCUGCUCGGGGACCUCGAUCAGGCUCUGAGGGGAGGUCAGCGACUCGUCCACGCAGUUCACCAAGAAGCCGAUGUCUUUCCCCAUCAUGGCCUCCUUGAGAGGCUUGGUCUUGGCGUGGCCCUGGGAGAAAUCGGUUAG